AUGAAGAACUUUCAUGAUGAUAUCAAAGAGAAGAAUUCUUCUGGGAAAGCCAACCGAACAGCAAUUCGGAAGCAUUCACAACUUAAUGGAGAUCCAUCCAUUUGGGAGGGAACGAUUACUUCAUGGAAAUUGGAAAUGCAGAUAUCUUUCAAACAUCUGGGAAACCACAAACCGAAAGAUCGACAAGAUCCAAGCAUCUUUGGAUAUACUCAAUCAAAAGCGCGACCACAUCUUGGAGGAUAUGGAUCGCUGGUGAAGCCCCCAGCCUCUCAAGGAGAUCUUGGAAUCCACAUCCAAAUGGAGGAGGACAUGGAAAUCGACCAUGAGGAAACGGUCACCAUCCCAGAAGACUGUUGUCUUGCAAGCUCCGGAUCAGUAAGUGUCGAUGAAGGAGAUAAAUCUCCACCGACCCCACUGGUGCUUCAAAAGCUCCAAAAUCCAGGAACCGAAUUGCUGAGCUAUUUUCGUCACCUACAAUUCCCACCAUCCAAACCUCGUCGAAAGUGCCUUCCCCGAAGGUUUACCGUAGCUCAAGUAACCAUUCUUCAAGCAAAAUUCCAAGAGAAUCCAUACAUUUCAAGGGAGGAAAAGUUAACAAUGGCCAUGACCUUCGGAUCAACUCCUUUACAAAUAAAGCGAUGGUUUAAGAAUCAGAGAGAAGUGCAACGGAGAUCAUUCAAACGGACUUUUACGGAUGUCAAAAGGAAUCUUCUGAUGGCAAGGUUCCAGGAGAAUCCAUAUCCGUCGGAGGAGGACGAAGAGUAUUUGGCGAUGGUCACUGGUUUAACAAAGACAAAAAUUAGAGAUUGGUUUAGCUAUAAACGAUGUCUGCAGGGAAAAUCAAACAAUUAA